CCGUGACGUAAUAGCUUCUUCAAUCUGUCAAAGUGGUAGCUCAUGGAAGUUCUUGCAAGAUCAGUACUUAAGAUAUUGAAACACCUACCGGAAUUGCAAGUAAAGUACAAACAUGACUUCCCAAGUGAGCAUUGAUCAAUUAGACAAGGAUCAGAUAAAAUCGUUCUCCGAUUUCCUGCUAUCGUACAAUAAACUGUCGGAACUGUGCUUCGUCGAUUGUAUCAGUGAGUUCACGGGUCGGACGGUGUCCGAUAAGGAGGAAAAGUGUUCCCUCAACUGUAUGGAAAAGUUCCUGAAAAUGAACCAGCGGAUAUCGCAGCGUUUCCAGGAGUUCCAGAUGUUGGCCAACGAGAAUGCUCUGGCAGCAGCUCAGAAGUUGGGUGCUAAAUAGUAAUGAGCUUCUAUCGAAUAAUUUAGCGUUAGCUGAUGUUGAUUUUAUUGUGAAAUAGUUUGAUCCAAAUACAUUAUAAGGAUAAGAUGUA